GCGGCUCCUGGCCGUUGCGUGACGUUGUUGUUGUAAGUGGUGGAGAAUUACUUUGUCGGCGGUGGUCCGGUUCGGGAUCUCGUGCAGCGGCGUAAGCUGCGAAGGUUGUUUAAAAGUUGAAACUGCGGGUUUUUAUUUUGUCGGGUUUACAUGUGACAUUCACGAGUGGCGACUUGCCGGAGAAACUCAAGGGGAGGAUGAGAAGUACGCCUGCGAGGCCGCAGAAGGUGUGGCUGGAAGAGUAGCUCACCAGAGGAGCGCUCCACCUCCUCCCUCGCUGUCCUGCCUCGGAGAGCAAAGUCCGUGUUUGCGUUUUCAUUUUCUGCUAUUUUUUUUUUAUUUUUUUUUUAUGUUUGGAAGCAACCAAUCAACCUGUGAAUUCAUGAUCACAUGACCGUGGACAUGGACGCAGUCCUGUCCGACUUUGUCCGAUCUACUGGAGCUGAACCGGGAUUGGCCAGAGAUCUAUUAGAAGGCAAGAACUGGGACUUCACGGCGGCGCUCAGUGACUUCGAGCAGCUGCGACAGGUGCAUGCCGGCACCCUGACGUACUCCGUCCCAGAAGAUCGGGUGUUUCAGCCCUCUGAGAAGGAGAUGGCCCGCGUCGGCCGUCCUGUUCUCCACCGACAAGACGAGGUGGUGCAAGCUGCCUCAGAGAAGCGUCUGUCCAGGGGCAUUUCUCACGCCAGCUCAACUAUCGUCUCACUGGCCCGCUCUCACGUCUCCAGCACCGGCGGAACCAGCAGCGAGCCCCUCCUGGACACGCCGCUGUGCACGUUCCAGCUACCAGACCUCACUGUGUACAGGGAUGACUUCCGUAGCUUCAUCGAGAGGGACCUGAUCGAGCAGUCGAUGAUGGUGGCGUUGGAGAAUGCCGGGCGGCUGAACUGGUGGACGAAAGUCGUUCCAAACUGCCAGAACCUGCUGCCGCUGGCAACGAGCGGGGAUGGGAACUGCCUGCUGCACGCCGCCUCGCUCGGUAUGUGGGGCUUCCACGAUCGCGACCUGAUGCUGAGGAAGUCUCUGUAUGCGCUGAUGGAUCACGGCCUGGAGAGGGAAGCGCUGAAGCGCAGGUGGAGGUGGCAGCAGACCCAGCAGAACAAGGAGUCCGGGCUGCUGUACACGGAGGAGGAGUGGCAGAAGGAGUGGAACGAGCUGUUGAAGCUGGCCUCCAGCGAGCCAAGAAUCCACUACAGCACCAACGGCACCAACGGGGUGGAGCCGUCUGACGAGCCCGUUUAUGAGAGCCUGGAGGAGUUUCACGUCUUCGUCUUGGCCCACGUCCUGAGAAGGCCCAUCGUGGUGGUGGCUGACACCAUGCUGAGGGACUCUGGGGGAGAAGCCUUUGCUCCCAUCCCGUUCGGAGGCAUCUACCUACCGCUGGAAGUGCCGGCUGCCAAGUGCCAUCGCUCUCCCCUGGUCCUGGCAUAUGACCAGGCACACUUCUCUGCCCUGGUCUCCAUGGAGCAGAAGGACGGCUCCAAAGAUCAAGCAGUUGUGAUUCCGCUCACCGACUCGGAGCACAAAAUGCUGCCUCUGCACUUUGCCGUGGAUCCUGGGAAGGACUGGGAAUGGGGCAAAGACGACUCGGACAACGUGAUGCUGGCGAGCGUGGCGCUCUCCCUGGAGGCCAAGCUCCAGAUGUUGCACACCUACCUGACCGUCACCUGGCUGCCGCUGCCAUGCGAGCAAGCCCCUCUGGCCCAACCCGAAUCCCCCACCGCCUCCGCGGGAGAGGACGCCCGGACGCCGCCCGACUCCGGAGAGUCGGACAAGGAGUCGGUCAGCAGCAGCUCCAACGGCAACGGAGACACGACGGCGAGCUCCGCCGCCAACGGAAGCGGGUCGUUGGCCAAAAACAGCUCGUCCUCGUCCUCCAGUUCGUCCAGCAGCGGCUCGGCGGCGGGAGGGAAGGACAAAACGAAGAAGGAGAAGGAGAAAGACAAGAAGAGAGCAGACUCUGUGGCCAAUAAGCUGGGCAGCUUUGGGAAGAGCCUGGGCAGCAAGCUGAAGAAGAACGUGGGCGGCCUGAUGACCGGGAAGAACGCGGGCGCCGCCGGCGCCAAGCAGGAAGGCGGCGAGAAGAAGAAGGGCUCGUUCAGGGGGAGGAAGGGCAGCAAGGACAGCUCGCCCUCCACCCAAGCCUCCGAGGACUCUGGGAAGGGAUCUCCCUCGUCGGGGAGCGAGCGCCUCCUGGGAACGAUGAGCAGCAUGAGCAGCAGCGGCGGCAGCAGCACGGAGGGCGAGCACUACAAGUACAGCGCCGACGUGAAGGUCAGCCUGGGCAUCCUGCGCGCCGCCAUGCAGGGCGAGAGGAAGUCCAUCUUCGCCAGCCUCCUCACCACCAGCAACCGGCAGCCCUUCCAGGAGGAGAUGAUCCAGCGGUACCUGGCGGACGCCGAGGACCGCUUCCACGCGGAGCAGGAGCAGCAGCGGCGCGACGCGGAGAGGAAGGGCGCCGCCGGGAACGCCCAGGCGCCCAAGAAGGAGGCGCUCGGCAGCGCGGAGCUGAGCUACCGGCCGUACGAGGCCAAAGAGGAGCUGACGGAGAACCUGCCGCCUUCCUUCAACCCCAGACCUCUCAGUCCGUCUCUGUACUCCGCCGUGGUGCCCAUCCCGCGGCCCACCUUCGUCGUCCCGCCUCCGGCCGCCGCCCCGCUCACUCAGCAUCUCCCUGUGCACGCCCACCCGGACUUACGCCGCCAGCUGGCCGGCGGCUCCCCGGCCUCCUCCUACCCGGGCCUCCCCUCCUACGCCACCCUUCCCCGCCACUGCCCCACGGCGCAGGGCCCCGCCCAGUACCUCCCCCCACAGGGCCCCUCUUCCCUGAGCCCCUCCCGUCUGGCUCCCUCCUACCCCCCGGAGUUCGAUCCCCCCGAUUACCCCGGCGCCGAGCCCCUCGCCGUCGCCGGCGGCUACACCAACGGCUUCCGGGACCUGAGCGCCGACCUGGACCCCCGGAGUGGGCAGCCGCCCGUCAGACACUACUCCCUGGGCAGCGCGGGCGGCCUGCAGUCCAGCCGCUGCCGGACGCCCACCUGCAACUACUACGGACACCCGGAGACGGGGAACUUCUGCUCCUGCUGCUACCGGGAGGAGCUGCGGAAGAGGGAGACGGAGCCGGCCAUCCACCGGUUCUGAGCCCGGCGCCGCGGCAGCGUGGCGAAGAGUGGCCUUUUCCGGUUCCGCCUAAACGGAACCGCCUCUGAACCGGACCGGGGAGCGGUCGAUUCCUGUCGGCGGCGACGAGAGGAAUCCCGGCGGUCUCUCGCCGCUGGGUUAGGGGGGGGGGGGUGUGUUAGACCAGAGAAUAAACUGACUGCACUUCUGUUACUUUUUGCUCUUAUGCAGCUGUUGCGUAUGAGUGAGUGUGUGUGUGUGUGUGUGUGUGUGGACUACAAACUCUCCUUUGUAAGGGUCCAGCGCCCCGCUACUGUCGCCUCCUAGUGGAGAGAAUGUAUACGGCGGGUACGACGCUCACGCAGGACGCUUGAAACACGCGUAGAAGCACAAACCGGAGAAGGCACAGGCGUCUCCACCUCACAUGCCGUCUGUUACCGUUAUUACGUGGUCGUUACUGGAGGCUUUGAAGACGUCGUGUCGCUUCUACUCACCGUUUGCGUUACGCAAAGUGAAACUACUGCUUACUGUUGGUCAGCUGCUGCGGCGCCGCACUGACAGACGUCUCUACCCCCCCCUCCCUGCAAUAAAGUCGGCGUGUCGUCCAAAACCAGGUUUGACUCUUUGCACAAGUAUUUCAUCCCCUGGACGUUUCCCACGUUUUGUCCCGUUAGAACCAUAAACUUCAGUUUAUUUAAUCUGGAUUUUUAAAACACGGAGCAACACAGACGGGCCGAUAACUGUUACAGGAAAGCGAUGGAUGAUUCUCAGCGUUUUGUUUCCCCCCCUCCCUGAGUUCGUCGCAUUGUCUUUGCGCGUCUAGAGACUAAAUGUUAUGUUUGCCCAUUUAUCUGUUGGAUUCCUGGUUGUGCUGAGGUCCGGGCUUUGACUAGGCCGUUCUAAGGCAGGAAACUGUUGAUCGCAACCGUUCCACUGAAACUCUGGGUAUGAUUUUAGGCUUGUUGUCCUGCUGAACCUCUUCCGGGUCACCAAUGUUCUGCAGCCUCUGGCAGGAUGGAUCCCAUCAACUUCCUGUCCCAGUGGACUAACCACAGCAUGAUGCUGCCACCGCCGUGUUUCCCAGUGGGAGUAGUAAGUUCAGGGGGAUGUUUAGUGGGUUUUUCUAAAUUUAUAGUUAUUUUUGUUACCUGACCAGAACGCCUUCCUCCAUUGCAAACUCCAAAUUGGGCCUAUUGGCUUUUUAAAAUUUUCAACAAUGGCUUCAACAUAUAGAUUCUCCCACCUGAGCGACGGAUCUAUGCAGCUCACC